AUGAACUGUGGUGGAGCAUGUGUGGACUGUGGUGGAGCGUAUCUGGACUGUGGUAAAGCGAGUGUGGACUGUGGUGGAGCGUAAGUGGACUGUGGUUGAGCAUGUUUGAACUGUGGUGGAGUGUGUGUGGACUGUGGUGGAGCAUUUGUGGAUUGUGGGAGAGUGUGUGUGGACUGUGGUGGAGCGUGUGUGGACUGUGGUGGAGCGUGUGUGGACUGUGGUGGAGCGUGUGUGGACUGUGGUGGAGCGUGUGUGGACUGUGGUGGAGCAUGUUUGAACUGUGGUGGAGUGUGUAUGGACUGUGCUGUAGCAUUUGUGGACUGUGGGGGAGCGUGUGUGGACUGUGGUGGAGAUUAAUUGAACUGUGGUGGAGCUUGUGUGGACUGUGUUGGAGCGUGUGUGGACUGUGGUGGAUUGUGUGUGGACUGUGGUGGAGUGGGUGUGGACUGUGGGAAGCGUGUGUGGACUGUGGUGGAUAAUGUGGAAUGUGGUUGA